AUGGGUCGAAUCCCUUUUGUGACAAGUCCCUUGUCCGGGAGGAGCACUCCGCAAGGCUCGACGUUCGAUAGUGAGCUCGGUCUGGCCACGCACAAUGAAACCUUGUUCGAGAACCCUCAGUUCGAACGCUAUGAGGCUACUUCCAACAUCCAGUUGUUUUUCGAUUUGUUUUUCGUGGCCAAUUUGACCUCCUUUGUGACUGCCCACGAUGUGAACAGCAGUAAGACGCUGGCUUCAUAUGUCGGCUUCAUCAGUAUCUUAUGGUUCACCUGGUGUCAGGUCACUCUGUACGACGUUCGUUUUGCCACAGACAGCAUCUUCGAGCGUGUGGCCCACGGGUGCCAUUUCGGCGUGAUGAUGGGGCUGGCCGUCAUCGGCCCUAACUUCCUGAAGGAGGAAGCCUGGGGUCCCAUGCAGCAGUUGUCGCUGAUCCUCAUGGUGAGCCGGUUGGUACUCGCGUGCCAGUACGGCACGACGCUCUAUUUCACGUGGCAAUACCGCAAGAUUCGCGCGCCAUUGUUGACCACUUUGAUCUCGUUGCUGGCCGCUGCAGCUGUUUACUUCGGUAUAUCAUCGUUCUCAACGUGGUCGUGGCCGGCAAUCAUGGAGACGGUGACCAUCGUGCACAACUUCGGAUGGAACAUCCCCAAGGAAGUUGCAGCCAAGGCGAAUCUCACGAUCCAGGAGGAGAUCGACGCGGUAAUGAAGGUCUAUGAUCUGACUUUUGGGUAUUUCUGCAUUUGCACGGGCCUCUUCUUGAUCUUCACGACGGUUUUACGCGAUUCUAUCGCUUCCUCGCGACCCUCAGCAUUUUCGCAUGCGCCGCGUCUGCACGGGCAUCACCGCGCUCGUGGGCCUAGGCCUGGCGCUGCUCAGUCUCAUGAAUAUCACCGGAAAGAGCCAGGCAGUAGGCCAGUCGCCGUGGACACUCCCGGCGCUAGUGCUGUUAAUGCUCUUCUGUGA